AUGGCUGAAAGUAAAAAUGGGGCAAGGAACGAACCUUCGUCAUCCUCUGUCAAGGAACGCAGCACUCCAAAGUCACGAGGAUACCCGAGUAGAUUGUUUGUGAAAUACGAUUCUGUUGAGUCAAUUUCGAGGGAAUCAUCUACUGAAAAAGUCUCCCGAAAACCUGAAGUUGGGAAGACUAGAAAUUCGUCAAAGGACAAGGGACCCAAUAAUGGAAGCGCAGAGGAUGAUGAGGAGAUUAAGACAACCGAUAACGUCCCAUCCGAUACGGAGAGUCAAGAGAAAACAGGGAAUUCUGAGAUUGGAGGAGAAAACUCCAAGAAUCCUCUUGAUUUCCUACAAAGAUUACCUGCUGAUGACAAUUCGUCAAAGGACAAGGGACCCAAUAAUGGAAGCGCAGAGGAUGAUGAGGAGAUUAAGACAACCGAUAACGUCCCAUCCGAUACGGAGAGUCAAGAGAAAACAGGGAAUUCUGAGAUUGGAGGAGAAAACUCCAAGAAUCCUCUUGAUUUCCUACAAAGAUUACCUGCUGAUGACAAUUCGUCAAAGGACAAGGGACCCAAUAAUGGAAGCGCAGAGGAUGAUGAGGAGAUUAAGACAACCGAUAACGUCCCAUCCGAUAAGGAGAGUCAAGGGAAAACAGGGAAUUCUGAGAUUGGAGGAGGAAACUCCAAGAAUCCUCUUGAUUCCUCACAAAGAUCACCUGCUCAUGGCGAUGAAGAUGAUGAUUACGAGCCCGAAAAGCGUAAAAAGAAGGAGGGAAAAAAGCGAAAAGCUAGGAGUAAGGAUGAAAUGGGAAAGAAGAAGAAAAAGAAGAAAAAAUCAGACUCUGGAGGUAAGCGUGAUUAUGGAGGUGGUGGUGGUGAGGCUGUCGAUGGUGGCGGUGAGGACAGUGCUUAUGCCAGCAAUCGUAACAGUAGACAAUCGUCCUCAAGAAAAUCGUCAAGUCACAAUACUUCGACAACACUAGCUCAUGACCUAGCAACUGGAAUGCCCACGAUUGAGGACGUUUGCAGUAAAUUUGGCCUGACAGAUGUUCUAAUUGAGUACACAGACUCUGAUUUCCGAAAUCUAAUGCUCUACAAACUGUUCCAACAGCACGUGAGACCAGCACUAGCUGAAGCAAACCUGAAAGUUACGAUGUCCAGGCUGAUGAUGUUGGUGGCAGCCAAAUGGCGUGACUUCCUGGUGCUAAAUCCUUAUACUCAACCCGACAAUCAAGUCUGUAUGUUAAAUGCUGAAGAGGAGAACAGAAGUGCCAGAUUGAAUCGUGGAGCUCCUGUCGAGGAAGUUGACGAUGAUGAAGAGGAGGAUGAGGACAGUAAUCGCAAAAGGAAGUCACGCGGAUCGAGGGCCAAAAAGGGUAAAAAAGCGUCGAAGGUAUCAACAUUGAAGAUCAAGCUGGAAAAACGCAAACGAGGAAACUGAGAUGAACGGGGCUGAGGGCAGUGUUGCUGAGUCUGACAGGGACUCUGAUAUGGAGUUUGAGCAGAUGCUGACUGAUGUUGAAGAGCCAGCUGGUGGCGAGGGUAGCACCAAGGGUGAAGAUGCAGCUCCUGAAGUUCCGGCAGAGCCAGCGGUUCGUAGGAAGGCUAAAACCAAGAUUGGAAAUAAAUCUACAAAGAAGAAGGGUCUAAGACGACAUCCAAAUUCCCGGAUGGGGACGGAAGAACUCACUGGAGAAGUUCGAACGUCAACGCGUCCUUGCAUUUUGAAACGAAAAUGCUAUGUCUAGAAAUGAUGCUAUGAAACGAAAAUGGAUGUCUAGAAAUUUUAUGUAUCAACUAGUACUAUUGAAA